GUUUGUUCCGGGAGGGAAGCGUUUCAGCGACGUACCAUUACCGAUAGACUUCUUCCCACAUCUCCACUGAAGUCGUUUUGUGGCUUUUCAGUUUGUUUCUAAAUCCAGCGAUAUUGAAGCUUCUCAUCUGUCAUUGCAGUAUGGCCGAGACAACAGAAAACCCACAGAACUAUGAGGAGCUGUUUGCCCACAGAUUCACAUCGGAAGACAAAGAGUACCAGGAGUAUCUGAACCGGCCAGCUGACCCCCCACCCAUCGUCGAGGACUUUAGGAGUCGUGGAGGUGGAAACCACAGAGGCAGGGACAGGUACCACAACCGACGAGGCCGUGGCUGGGGAGGAGACCGUGGUUGGAGAGGGGACAAUCGCGGGCAGCAACACUGGCAUGACAGAGACCGAGACAGGGACAGGCAAUGGGGGCAUGGGAGCGGGUAUCAAUCAGGCCAUCCAAGCUCCAACCAGGGAUACAACUCCUAUAAUCAGAGACCACAUUAUGACCGUUACUGACCUCUAAUGUAACCUCUCAGGUGUUGUCAGUAUUUUUAAUAUUCACAGUCAUUAAAAUUUGCAUUGUAAUACAAUAUGUGGCAAUGUGCAACUGUUGAUUUUUUUUCUGUUUCCCACCACAGUCUCAUCAGCACGGGCUGAGCAAUAUAUCAAUAUUAAUGACAUACUGCUCAUUGUUGUAAUUGUGUGGAAUUUUUUUUUUAAUAUUGUAACACACAGUUUUAUUGUCUAAUUAAAAACACAAAGCAAAUACUCAGAUUUUUUUCCCAGAUUUAUUUCUGAAAUGUGAGUGGUAACUGACAGUUCCUGUUGGACUUCCACGUACCUUUUUACUAUACACAAACACUGUAUUUUUUUUAUCAUAUUGUGUCAUAUUGCUCAGCCCUGUAAACAUAAUGCAUUUUCUCUUGUAUUUCUCUUUUAAUAUGUCAGGGCUGCUUUUAACAAUAUUUGAAUAUUACAUUGUAAGUGGGAGUUGAUUUGUGUUUGGAUAGUUUUGCAGCUACAUCUUUACAUGCUUUGAUAUCAGAUUGUUAAAAAAAUAUACAAUACAGUAUUGUUGCAAACAGUGUAUCAGAAUUUCAGGAAAGUCUGUUUGUAAUGCAGCUUUAUUUUUCUGUGUCACAAUAUUACAUAAGGAUACUGAUUAACUGAACUGAUUUCAAUAAACGUGUAUUUUCUUAA